AUGGGAAGCGAGAAGGUGUUGGUGAUGUUGGAUGUGUCAAAAGAUGUGAAUUGUGGUAAAAUUGCAGAGAGCCUCACUGACUUACCUUUGUAUCCUGGUGACCAGCUAAUUCUCCUCGGAGUCCAACCAGAGGUUACCAAUAAAUCAACCGGGCACAAGAAUAACGUACUGAAAACUUCUGGUCCACAAAAAUCGAUAUCUUUUAGGGAAGAUUUUUCAAGGAAGGAAGAACAGCUUUACCAAAUUGCGGAAAUUCUGAAGCAGUCAACACUCGGGAAGAUCAAGGUGGAUGUAGAGUUACGAGUUGGAUCUUCACGUAAGGCGGUGGUAGUUGAAGCUGCGGUAAACUUAGGGGCCACUUGGAUUAUACUUGACAGGUCGAUGAAAAAAGAUAAGAAGUAUUUCAUGAAAAACUUGUGGUGUAAGAUAUCAAAAUUUAAACGAAAUAACACAAUUGACCUCCUCCGAGGACCAUUAGGAAGAACAGACAAGAGCACAGAAAAGCCAUCCAGCAAAAGCCUUAACAGUAAUGGUCAAGUAUCAUACGGGGAAAUGAUCCCUGAAUAUUCUUGGGAAGAACUUUAUCAAUCUCCCACAAUAGUUGUAUUAAAUAUAUAUUCUAUCAGACAGAACCCAUUAGAAGUAAUAAGUCAUAAUUCAUCACACCAAGCCACCAACAUUGUUAACACAAUAUUGGCAGCUCAACGUGAAGUUGAAGAAGUGACUGAUCGGAAAAUAGAAAGAUCAUCUUUUGACGACGACGAUUCGCCACGAAAAGCCACAUACAUUUGCUCGGUUUGCGAGAACAGCCGGCCGAGAAUCAGUUGUCACAGGGACUUCAAAUACGGAGAGCUUUAUGAAGCCACAAAGGGGUUCUCGGACGAGAAUUUCUUAGGGGAAGGUGGAUUUGGUUCGGUUUAUAAAGGGGAGCUGAAAAAUGGGUUGAGAAUUGCGGUGAAGCAGCAUAAAGAUGCAAGCCUUCAAGGCGAGAAAGAAUUCAAGUCGGAAGUUGAAGUACUUAGUAAAGCCAGGCAUGAGAACUUGGUGAUGCUGUUGGGAUCUUGUUCACAUGGCACCCAUAGGUUGCUUGUUUAUGAAUAUGUUUGCAAUGGUUCCCUCGAUGACCAUCUAUCAAAAAAUGGGAACAUAUAUUUUACAUGGGAGCACAGGAUGAAGAUAGCUUUGGGAACCGCCAAAGGAUUACAAUAUCUUCACAGCCAUAACAUCAUUCACAGGGAUAUGAGACCUAAUAACAUACUCAUCACGCAUGAUUAUGAAUCUCUGUUGGGAGACUUUGGACUAGCAAAAACACAACACGACAACAACUCCGGCAACAGUGUGGUCGGAACUUUGGGAUACAUGGCACCUGAAUAUGCACAAACCGGCAAAUUCUCAACUAAAACGGAUGUAUAUUCAUUUGGGGUGGUUCUACUACAGCUUAUCACUGGCCGGAGAACCACGGAUCCGAUACCCGGAGGGAAGAGUCUCAUCAGAUGGGCAAAACCACUAUUAAAGGAGAGGAAUUAUCCGGAUCUGAUUGACAGAAAAAUAAUUGACUCCCAUGACGUCCUCCAGCUAUUUUGGAUGGUCCGAUUAACAGAAAAUUGCAUUAGCAACGAUCCCUGCCAUAGGUUUACCAUGGAUAAGGUAGUCAACGCGUUGACCUCCAUCAAGAACUGCAGCGCAACUUGGAUAGAAGACAUAUCUCCGAUAUCGGAUUUGACAAUCAGCGUCAGUGGUUCCGGUGAGGCCGAAGAAUAUCAGAGUGCAUAAAGUCACAUAAACUGUGGAGAAAAUUGAAGAUGGGAUGAAGUGGAGGGAAAAGAUAAAUUCGUCUCCUAAAAUUGAAUAGCUAGCUCUAUCGGACACUGCAAUUUGUGGGGUGCAG